GCCCAUACAUACAGAAAGAUCGUUUUUUGUCCCGAAACUGAUAACAAACCAGAACAAGAGCCAGCUCCGUCGCACAUUGCAAAGCGAUUGAGAAAAUCAAAUCAAAUCCCUAAUAACAAUAAUUUCAAUCGAAUCGGUGUCUAACUCUAUCGGAGUGUAGUGCAUGAUCAUAAUCCACAAAGAAAUCGAUCUAUCUACCUGAAAAACAAUGGGGAAAAAUCAAGCCUACAAAGCUAUGCAGAGAGCUAGGCUUGGCGGUGCCUCCGGCGGCCCCGACGAGGUUGAAGAUGGCAUGGUGGAUGGUUCAUUUCAUUCACCAGAGUGGCAUGCCGCCCGUUUGGCUAGCCUUAAAACGUCUCACACGAUCACCUGGGAAGAGUACAAAAAGAAACAAAAGGAAGAAGAACUGAAAAAGGGGGAGCUGGAAGCAGAUGCAGAUAGGAUGAUGAGGGAGUACAGGGCUCAACUAGAUGCUGAAAGGGCUCGCAAACUUUCCCAGGGAAGAAAUCACUCUAGUAGUAAGUCUAAACAUUCAAAAGAUAAGAGGGACAAAAUUUCGAAGAAGCAUAGCAGCAAAAAAAGAAAGGAGUAUUUCCUAUAUAACAAAGGGAGACUAUAUUAUUGACAAGUAAAAGGAAGAAAAUACAUUAAGAGCUAAUGCUCCCACCAAGGUAAAUUCCUAUGACCCAAAGCUAUAAGCAAAAAUUGAAAUGAAAAACAUAUAACCCUUCUUGCCUCUUGAACUUUGUAUGGUAGAUCUGCUUUAUCUAUUACCAACCUAUCCUUCUCAUUUUUUGUUUAAAACUUAGUCCCUCUCCUAAAGGGGGAGCUGGCCCACAUAAGUAGAUUGUUAGGGUCGUAUCAGGCUCCUUUUUCAUUUACCAGGUCUUGGAACCCAUCAAGCCACUCAUCAAUUCCAUCAACCUGAAAAUCUGCCUUGAGGCAAGACAGAAUGGGAAAAUACACUGAUUACAAGUGUCAUCUUCCUCGUCCUGAGUUGCUUCCUUGGCAUAUUUAAACCUCCACAUGAUAAACCAAUUAGUUAUAGGCCCACUUUGUUGAUUGCUGGCCCUCUAAACUUGUUGCCGAUGAUACAAGAUUGGGCAUUUGAUUUUUAUUGGGAUUUACCUCCGUUGCCAAAUUUGGUCUUGAUCACUGGUGCAAUUCCCCUGAGAUAACAUUACUAUUAUCUUUGAGUAAAGCUCCUGAAUUUGUUUGUCCAAUCUGUCCAGGUUUACCCCAAGGUCACCCAACCACUCCAUUUCAAAGGUAAGGUCGGAAUUUUCAAAAAUACAAGCCUCUACCAAAUUAUUUGUCCAGCCCACCUUGAUUAUAAUUUGUUCGCAUCUUCCUUGAAUAAAAUACGUACCGACAUUCUCUAAACUAUCUUUGAACUCCUUGGUUGUAGUGACGGGUAAAACUAAAAAAUGCAUUAGUUUGGCGGUAUGUAAUGAGUGGACCUCUUGAACAUUUAUUACACUGCAGGCUGUUUCCCAUCUCUUUGACCUUAUUUCAAUCUACUGCUAGCAAAGACUCCUUGGGCCCUUCACUCUCCUUCAUCCCUUCCCAAAUCAAUAUCCCCAAGUACGAGUCAUGAUUAGGGCACUGAUUUGGUGGGGCUAUAUUGAUGCUCACAUUUGAAACAUAACUCCUCAUUCCUCCUUUUCGUAAGCUCUUGAUAGGAUAAAUUGCAUGUACCUCUAAGAUAAAUCUCCAUUGGUUCCUUCCAAUCCAUUUUCAUAUUUAUUCACUGUUAAAGUUCCUCCUUGUUUGAGUUGGAAAUUAUGGUUUUCUCUUGAUGUAGGCAUUUUAGAACUCGGACAUCCAUGUUGCCAUGCGACUAGAAUGUGAAAAUAUCCCAUGGUAGUUGCCACGCCCUCACCGAGUUGGUGAACUCUUAGGUGCAGCAACACAAACCACUUUCCUGUCAAUUAUCCGUGUAGUGGAUAUCCUUAUAUAACAGUUGGCAUGUUCGAGUACCAUCACCUCUACCUGAAUCCAUUCCUUCGAUCCCCUGAGAAACAGCCCCAUGUACUAGUCAUCGGGCAUGGUUGGAAUUUGAGUAGCAAACAUCAUUCUUCCAUGGUUCCUCCUUGGAUAAGCAUCUUCAAAUGUGAAAAUGGACUCCUGGAAUGCCAACCUCCAUACCAAUCAAAGUCCUUUCAUUUUCUCGGUCCAACCUUGGUUCUGCUUCCUUCAUUACCUUGAAUCAGAGCCUUGCCCUCCCCCCCAUGCCGAUCUCUGCUAUCGGUACUUAGUACUUGCAAAUUAGGUGGACAUGUUUUGAACAGUGAAGCACAUCUCUGCUCUAAAUACCUAUCUAAUAGGUUCAUCACCAUUAACUGAAUGCGAUAAUCCUUCACAAUGAGGUACAAAGGUACAGCCCCUGUUCGGCCGUGUCUGCUCAUCACACUUUUUCAAAGAGCUAAUAGAGGGGCUGUUUAUCAUUGUUAGUGCUGGAACCUUCAAGCACUCACAGUGUGUGCUGCUGCAUGGGACUUGGUAACAUCCUUGGUAUUGGAUAUAAAGAACUUGGUUUGGUUGAAUGAUCGUUCAACGGCAUUUUGUGCUCCUUUUUUUAAAAGUACCGUGUGCUCCUUUUUUUAAAAGUACCGUGUGCUCCUUCAAUAACUAAUUUCGAUAUUACAUUCAUUCCUAAAUAUAUGACCCCUUGAUUAAAUCAUAGGAAUCAAGAAAGUUGGUUGUGAUAUUCAAUUCGUUGACAAUUGGUAUUGGUUUUACAAGUUUAUUCUUCAGGAGAGAGAAUUCAUUAAUAUUUACAUUAUAGUAUUUAUUCAUUACUAGUAAAUUAAUUUGGGGAAUAUUGAAAUAGUCAUUGCAAUUAAAAACUGAAGCCUUAAUUAUGUAGAUGAUCCCUAUAAAUGAGUGACUAAUUUUUUUUUUAAAUGUCUGCAAUUUAAAAUACUUUUAAUUUAGUCCCUGAGUGGUUUUUUGUUUAUGUUAUGUGUUACAAGACAAACUUUUUGAAUGGACAUUGAAAAUGGCUUAAAUAUCAACAAGGGGUAUCUUUGGAUUUACCCUUUUUAAAUCAAAUUACAGAAUUUAUCCUUUUAAAUAUCUUUUGUUGCUUUGAAGUCUGGAAGAAAUGGAGGUCUUCAAUAGCUAAAUAUUAUUUUGUUUGAAAAAAAUGAGUUAUACAGAGCUUACCCUUUCCAAUGUCUUGUGAUUGUCACUUUGUGGUCUGAAAGAAGUGGAGGUCUUAAUGAAAUGAUUAUUUUGGUUGGAAGUAAUUGAUGUUACAGUACUACCCUUUCCUUCAAAAUUUGAAGAGUUUACUUUUUUUUUAAAGUCGUAAGUGGAUUUAAAGUAGGCUUUCUGUCUGAUCAUCACUCUUUUUUUUUCCAACCAUUUUCUUUACAUCAAUGGCUUUGCCUUAAAGAUUUAAUUCAUUUACACUGUCGGUCUAAAAAGUUUUUAUAUUGUCAAUCAAUCAUAACCGUCAGAUUAUUAGAAAUAUUUGACUUUUAUCAUAAUUACUUCUAAAAGUGACACAUGAUUAAUCGUGAUGUGGUGACAAUAUAAAACUUGUUUUUAUAUUGUCAAUCAAUCAUAACCAUUGGAUUAUUAGAAAUAUUCGAGUUUUAUCAUAAUCACUUCUAAAGUGACACCUUAUUAAUUGUGAUGUGGUGACAAUGUAAAACUUUUUACCCAGAGAGUUAUCUUGAUAUUAACUUGUAAAGGGCUUGUCUAUCUGAAAUCAUUUUUUACCACCUUCAUUUUAAGUAGCAACUCCAGGUUUGUAUAUUAGUUUGCAAAAGAUAAUUGUUGUACCAAACUGGUUCCAAUUACUUGGCUUUUGGUUUUGUUAAUUGUUGGAUGAACUAGAGCAAACAACCAAGCAAUAUUAAUUAAAAGUUGAUGUUUCUAAUCAUUUUAGCUGUGAAUGUGUUUUUCCUACGAAUCCUCAUUACCUCUUACA